GCCGGCUCCCCUCCUGCUCAUCCUCCUGUAGUGUUUCUGAGGCCUCACGGAGAGAGUUCAGGGCUCAUCUGGAUGAGGUCAUCACGCUCAAGUCAAGGUACUCUACCUUGGACCAGCUGCACUGUAGGCUGGAGGGCCUUAAAGAUGAUUGCAGGAGCCAUAGGAUCUUCAGCUCGCGAGUUCAGUCAAGAUGCAGCAGUAAAGAAAAUAUCCUGCGAGCAAGUAAGUGCCAUGUGACUGCGCCGCUUGUCGAGCAUGCCAGCGUCCCAGAGGCAUCCCCGAGAGCAGAGAUCAGCUCCACGAGAGCCGUGGCCAUUAGGGCCCCCGGAACCAUCCCUGGAAAUGAGCGGAGCAGCCUGCAGAAGGUCAUUAUCCUGCCCGCCGUGUUUGAUUUGUUCUUGGCCUCACCCCCCUCCUUUGACGACCUUCCCCCCUCCCUCCCUUUGCCCUUUGCAGACGGGAUGGGGCGAGUCCUGGCACAGGACGUCUAUGCCAAAGACAAUCUGCCUCCGUUCCCUGCCUCCGUUAAGGACGGUUAUGCUGUCAGAGCUGCUGAUGGGCCAGGGGACCGUUUCAUCAUCGGGGAGUCGCAGGCUGGGGAGCAGCCGACCCACACGGUGAUGCCCGGCCAGGUCAUGCGGGUCACCACGGGAGCCCCCAUCCCCUGCGGAGCCGACGCCGUCGUCCAGGUCGAGGAUACCGAGCUGCUACGGGAAUCAGAAGAUGGCACGGAGGAGCUGGAGGUGCGGAUCCUGGUGCAGGCGCGGCCGGGUCAGGACAUCAGGCCCAUCGGUCAUGACAUCAAGCGUGGCGAGUGCGUCCUGGCCAAGGGCACCCACAUGGGCCCGUCCGAGAUCGGCCUGCUGGCCACCGUGGGCGUCACUGAGGUGGAGGUGCAGAAGUUCCCCGUGGUGGCGGUCAUGUCCACAGGAAACGAGCUGCUGAACCCCGAGGAUGACCUGCACCCAGGGAAGAUCCGCGACAGCAACCGCUCCACGCUGCUGGCCACCAUCCAGGAGCACGGCUACCCCACCAUCAACCUGGGCAUCGUCGGAGACAACCCAGACGACCUUCUUAAUGCCCUGAACGAGGGUAUCAGUCGCGCUGACGUCAUCAUCACUUCAGGGGGCGUGUCUAUGGGGGAGAAAGACUACUUGAAGCAGGUCCUGGACAUUGAUCUCCAUGCACAGAUCCACUUUGGACGCGUUUUCAUGAAGCCAGGGCUGCCCACCACGUUCGCCACCUUGGACACCGAUGGCGCUCGCAAGCUUAUCUUUGCGCUGCCAGGUAACCCAGUGUCUGCCGUCGUCACAUGUAACCUCUUCGUCAUCCCUGCCCUGAGGAAGAUGCAAGGGAUUUUGGACCCUCGACCCACCAUCAUAAAAGCCAGGCUCUCCUGUGAUGUGAAACUGGACCCACGGCCCGAGUACCAUCGCUGCAUCCUGACCUGGCACCACCAAGAACCGUUGCCAUGGGCACAGAGCACAGGGAACCAGAUGAGCAGUCGACUGAUGAGCAUGCGCAGCGCCAACGGGCUCCUGAUGCUCCCUCCCAAAACAGAGCAAUACGUGGAGCUGCACAAGGGCGAGGUGGUGGACGUCAUGGUGAUAGGGCGGCUAUGAUGUCAUCUUAAAGGGACAGAGCGACGAGAGAGGCAGAAGUGGAGGGAGGAAGCAAGGAAAGAGGGCUGGUCCAUGGUGCAUGUCCACAUAUCAUUGACUAUUCCGUAAUAUGCAACGGCACAGCUAGUUUUUAUUGAUUUGGAUAAUGUUGGUCAAUUAUAGUUUACGUCUUGAACACAAAAUAAAUGAUUACUUAUAAAGAUCAUAACAUUUCAAAGAAAGUAUAACUUUUGAAGUUAAAAAGAUCUUAAAAAGAUUUAUUCUGUAAUAUAAUUAUGAUUAUGAUUAUUAUUAUGAUUAUUAUUAUCAUGCUAGGACAACUUUGUUCUGUUUCAUUGCAAUUGCUUUGUGUGUUCAAUGCUAGACCAGUAUAGCAGUAGCAUUUUAAUAGAGAUUUGUAGGUGCCUGCCAGAAAAAAUGCAAACGUCUUAUUUUCUCAUCUUUAAAGAAGACAUUUAUGAAAAAAAGACCAUGUAGGACGACUGCCGAUGCCCAAGAGUCCAUCCUACUUCCUUUCUUACGAGUGGUUUAGGUUCCGCGCCUAUGUUUCCCUUCUUAGUGUGCUCCAUAACCACUCCACAAAAGGCUUUGCUUGUCGUUUAUCUCGUGAGUUGUGUUUAUGUGCACAGUGCCAAAUGCGUGUGGGGGGGGGAGGGCCGAGAGCAGGGGGUAGGGAGGUCAUGUGCCAGGAUGCCCAAACCCAGAAACCUCCCUAAAGUCACCUGACCAGGUACAGCGAUGCCCCAUGGGGGCUUUUAUUUGAUCAAACAAGAAAAAAACAGCUUCUUUAAGUGCUGACAGCCUUUUUAAAUCAACUUACACGUGAAAUGUACAGAAAAAUAAUAUUGUACAGAUAUCUGUGACCAGCACUCCUAAAGAAAUUACAUCAUGAGGAGACAUUGAAAACUCUGUACUAUAACGUUUUCUGUAAUGAUACUGAAACUGAUGAAGACUAAAUAAUAAACAUUCUUGGUCAUUAUGUAAAAAA